UGUAUAUCAUCGUUAUAGAGCCGUUAGUCGUUGAUCAAAUUCCAAAUGAGAAACAUGGACUUCAGUGGUGUAUAUAACUGUAACGUCAGAGUAAAGGAGGAACCAAACGAUAAUCCCCCGAUUGAAAAUGAUGAUUAUCAGAUAAUUGACAAUGCAAACGAUGCGAACACUGAAGAAUCCUUGCGAUGUCGAGAAAAUUUUACUCGUAGCCCUGACGAUGUCGAAGUAGAAUUCGAAUGUAAGGACGAGAAGCUCGGCAUUAACUUAUUAGUAGUCAAGAAGAUAAAGGACGAUUAUCCAGAUCAUUUGCAGCAUAUGGAAAAUAGUUACGAUAAUCAAACCCAAAAGAAAAUUAAAAAAGAAAUUGAGAACGAAAUAAAAGAAGAAUUGAAUGCGGAUGGUGAACUCAGUGAUGCAUUUGAUGCGAAUGAAAAAACAUUUGCUCAAAAAAGUCUAUGCGAAAAGACCAACGAUGAGGUGCAUAAUGUUACCAAACAUACAUGCGAGAUUUGCAAAAAGAAAUUAUCAACCAAGGGUAACCUUAAAAUCCACAUUGAUUCGGUUCAUAAUGGUGUCAAGCAUACGUGCGAUACAUGUCGAAAAACAUUCACCCAAAAAGGAGAUCUCAAGAUUCACAUCGGUGCAAUUCAUAAUGGUAUUAAACAUGAGUGUGGUAUAUGUAGAAAGACAUUCACACAAAAAGGAAAGCUCAAAAUUCACAUCGAUGCGAUACAUAAUGGUAUGGCACCUACAUGCGAAUUAUGUGGAAAGACAUUCACACAAAAAGGAGAUCUCAAGAGGCAUAUCAAUGGACAUAAUGGUGUUAAACAUGCGUGUGGUGUGUGUGGAAAGACAUUCACACAAAAAGGACCUCUCAAAAUGCACAUCGAUGCGAUGCAUAAUGGUAAGGCACCUACUUGCGAAGUGUGCGGAAAGAAAUUCGCAUUCAAGAGUGGUCUCAAACUUCACAUGGAUGCAAUGCAUAAUGGUAUGGCACCUACUUGCGAAAUGUGCGGAAAGAAAUUCCUAACCGAGCGUUCACUCAAGCUUCACAUCGAUGGACAUAAUGGUGUGAAACAUGCGUGUGGUGUGUGUGGAAAGACAUUCACACAAAAAUUUGUUCUCAAAAAUCACAUCGAUGCGAUGCAUAAUGGUAAGGCACCUAUUUGCGAAGUGUGCGGAAAGAAAUUCGCAUUUAAGAAUAGUCUCAAAACCCACAUGAAUUCAAUACACCACUCGGGUAUAGUGAAGGAGGAACCAAACGACGAUUCCCCGAUUGAAAAUGAUGAUUAUCAGUUAAUUGACAAUGCACACGACGCUAACACUGACGAAUUCUCGCGUUCUUGUCGAGAAAAUUUAACUCAUGGCCCUAAAGAUAUUAAAAUAGAAUUCGAAUGUAAGGACGAAAAGUCCAGCAUUAACUUAUUAGUAGUCAAAAAGAUAGAGGACGAUUAUCCAGAUCAUUUGCAGCAUAUGGAAAAUAGUUACGAUUAUCAAACUCAAAAGAAAAUUAAAGAAGAAAUUGUCGACGAAGUAAAAGGAGAGUUGAAUUUGGAUCGUGAAUUCAGUGAUGCAUUUGAUGCAAAUGAAAAAACAUUUGCUCAAAAAAGUCUAUGCGAAAAGCCCAACGAUGAGGUACAUAAUGGUAUCAAACAUACAUGCAAGAUUUGUAGAAAGAAACUCUCAACUAAGCAAGGUCUUAAAAUCCACAUCGAUUCAGUACAUAAUGGUGUUAAACAUGCGUGUGGCACAUGUGGAAAGACAUUCACACGAAAAGAAAAGCUCAAAAUUCACAUCGAUGCGAUUCAUAAAGAAAUGGCACCUACUUGCGAAGUGUGCGGAAAGAAAUUUCUAACGAAGAGUGCACUCAAGAUGCACAUUGACGGACAUAAUGGUAUUAGACAUGCAUGUGGUGUAUGUGGAAAGGCAUUUACAAAAAAAAGUAAUCUGAAAAGACACAUCGAUAUGAUGCAUAAUGGUAUGGCACCUGCAUGCGAAUUAUGCGGAAAAAAAUUUCAAGCGAAGACAGCACUCAAGACCCACAUCGAUUCAGUUCAUAAUGGUGUUAAACAUGCAUGUGGUAUGUGUGAAAAGACAUUCUCACAAAAAGGUCAUCUCAAGACUCACAUCGAUACAAUGCAUAAUGUUAUCAUCACGGUACGACCAUAA